AUGGCGAGUCCACGCAUCUCCUGCGCCCCGGAACCCUCUCCUUCCCAGCAUAGCAGGAGCAGGAGCAAGGAUGCCGAGGCGGUUCAGGUAUUCCAGGUGAAUGUCGCGAGGAAGAGUAGGAAGAUCAGGCAGAGAGGGUUUCACAACACUGACAAGUCUUUGCUUUCCAGGAUUGCCAUGGGAGCUAUGGAUGGUGGUCUUGAUCUUCCGCACAGUGACAAGAGAUUUGCUGGCUUCAUGAAGGAUAAGAAGCAGCUGGGCGCUGAGAUUCACCUCAAAUACAUCUAUGAAGGUCAUGUUGCUGACUACAUGAAGUCAAUAGCUGAUGAGAAACCUAAGAAGUACCAAUCUCACUUCAGUGAGUACAUCAAGAAGAACUGA